AUGUCUUUCAGGAAAAGAGGUGAAAUAUUGAGUGAUAAGAACGCACCAAAGAGACGAGAAGUUUCUCCUCGUCUUGGGCCUCAGAGAGAUUUACCAGCAAGAGGCCCUCCAACGGGACCCCAAAUUUCUAUUCAAAGAAAUGCGCCUCCACACCCACAAAGGAUAGUGCCUAAUACUAGAGGUAUAGAAAGAGAUAUGAUGGGUUUACGCAUUGGCCGUUCGCCCAAUGCAACAUUGGAGGAUAAUUCUCCAUUGCUUGACACGUCUCAUCCAGGUAUACGACCAUCUCCAGCUACAUCACAACAAACUACAUCAACUGGAUGUUCUGACUUGGAUAAAUUGAUGGGACAUAUGGGCUUCCCUCUAGGGAAUUCACUUCUAAUCGAAGAGGAGUCUACAACAGAUUUUAAUUCAAUUUUAACUAAAGUUUUUGCAGCGCAAGGUAUUGUACACAAUCGUGUCGAAAAUCCAGCAGGGUAUAAGGAUGGUAAUACCCAUAUCAUUGUGCUUUCACUAAACCAUCAGAUAGCUAAAGAACUCCCUGGUGUAUACAAAGGAUCUAGAAAAGAAAUCAAAAAAUCCAAGAUAGCAGAAGAGCAGUCUAAGGUUACUGUUUCAAAUCUUUUAGAAUCUCAGAAUCACACGCCUAAACAAAGAGAUAAAGACCUAAAGAUUGCAUGGAGAUAUGGAAUCAAUGAUAGAAAUGGUGAAAAAGCAAAGUCUGGUCGUGAGUAUGAUCAGAACGAAACUUAUCCAAACUAUAAUCAUCAAUUCGACAUCACAUCAACUUUAAUUCCCGUCCCUACUUCCAACGAAAUAUCGUUCAUCUCGCCAUUCCUUCCUGUCGUUUCAGUUCUUUCACAAGUGGAGGCUACUAUUAAGAGACACGAUUCGAAAUUAAUAAGAAUCCUCAUUCCUAAUAUUUUGCAUCCAGCAUUGUAUCCACCUAAGAUGGCCCAACUUAAAGAGAUAACCCCCCUCUUACAUGGAUUGAGGUCCAUUUUGAAAAAAUAUAAGACGAGAUGUGUGAUGCUCUCCACUAUUUCAACGGCGCUCUUUUCUAAUCAACCAAUUUUCAUGGCCCAGAUAGAGCAGCUUUUUGACGGUGUCGUAGUGUUGGAACCAUUUGGUCAGGAAAUGUUACAAUUCUUGGAAAGAGCUUACAAAUCCCAACCAAACAAGAUACAACACGGUCUAGUGCAUAUUAAGAAACUUCCAGUGUUUUCCGAAAGAGGUGAGAUGCACGUUGCUAAAUCGGAAUGGGCUUUCAAAAACGGUAGAAAAAGGUUUGAGAUAGAAGAAUGGGGUAUUCCGGUUGAAGAUGAUGACAACUCGCAAAAUACCCAAUCAAGCACAUCUCACACCAACGAACACGAUCAUGACCACAGCCAUGCGCAUACUAAAAAUAUAGAGUUUUAA